AUGGAAGAGAAAUGUGUGGAUGCAGCAGAGGAUCAUAUAUCCAAAUUACCAGUUCCAAUUUUGCAGCACUUUCUGUCUUUACUCCUUGCUAAAGAUGCUGCACAAAUCAGUACUUUCUCCAAGAAAUGGUAUACUGCUUGGAGUUCCCUCUCCUACUUGAAGUUUGGUGAUGAAUUCUUCUAUCGUGAAAACAUAACAGAGCUUCUGAAUGUUGUCGAUCAAACUCUAGCGAAUCGCCAGAAGCAGAAGAUUUCUAUACGAGAGUUCUGGCUCGGAGGAUUACGAUCCUGUCAUUGGAGCUCUUAUGGUCAUAAUUGGAUUAAGACGUUCGUUGCAUGUAAUAUCAAGGAGUUGAUUUUAACCGUAUACAGACCUGAUGACAGUUUCAACACCUUGCCCGAAGAAAUCUUUACUGCCGAGGGACUAAACAUUCUUGAUUUAGGCGGAUUUAAGCUUGAACUGCCCCCUGACGGCAUAAAAUUUUCAUCUUUGCGAGAGUUAAAGACUUUUUCAAACAUAUCUGGACGAGCAAUUCUUUCGAGCUUUAUGUGCAAGCUGCAGUGGUUUGGAGGAUUUAAGUUUAUCUUAUUGUCACGGACUAGCCAGUUUGGAAAUUGCAGGAACUUUACCGCAACUGAAGACGGUUUCGCUGAGUUGUAUUACUGA